GGAUGCAUGUAUAAAAUUUUGGCAAAGCUUUUAGCUAACAGAAUGAGGUGCGUGAUGAAAUCUAUUAUCAAUCCAAAUCAGUCAACCUUCAUAGAAGGCAGGCAAAUUGCAGAUGGCAUCAUCACCACUAAUGAACUGAUCCAUGAGACAAAGAAGAGGAGAAGGCCAACUCUAAUUUUCAAAGCUGAUUUUGAAAAGGCAUAUGAUAGUGUUAACUGGGAAUUCUUAGAUGUUAUGUUGGAUAAACUGGGCUUCUGCUUAUUAUGGAGAACCUGGAUUCAAGAAUGCCUUGCUUCUGCAUCUGUCUCAAUACUUGUUAAUGGAAGCCCCACAGAGGAGUUCCAAAUGACAAAAGGCUUAAGGCAAGGUGACCCCUUAACUCCAUUCCUAUUCCUAGUGGUGGCAGAGGCUCUUAAUGGCUUAAUAAACAAAGCAGUAGAGGAAGGACUGUUAGAAGCAGCUACAGUGGGCUCAGGGGUGGUGCAACUUAGUCACUUACAGUUUGCGGAUGAUACAUUGAUAUUCUGCAAGGCAUCCCCAGAUAAUGCUUGGGCGAUAAAGUGCAUAUUCAGGAGUUUUGAGUUAAUCUCAGGUUUAAAGGUGAACUUUUUUAAAAGCUCCUUAUCUGGCAUUCAUGUGAAUGAUGAGGAUCUAUCUGCUAUGGCUGAUAUGCUUAAUUGCAUGGUGGGCACAAUUCCUUUCAAAUACCUGGGUGUCCCAGUUGGAGCUAACUCAAGGAAGCUUUCCACUUGGUCUCCUAUUAUUGAAUGUUUAAGAAAGAGGUUAUCAUCUUGGUGGUGUGAGACUCUAUCCUUCGGUGGGCGUAUAAUUCUCCUUAAUGCCGUCCUCUCGAGUAUCCCGGUCUACUACUUCUCAACACUUAAAGCACCCAAAAAGGCACACAUGAUUGGAUUCAAGAUCAACUCCCUGGAGGAUAAGAUUGUCCUUUGCAGGGAGGCGGUUCAAGAAAAGUCACCAAGCAAAAACGCUAACCUUAAAUGGAGUGAAUUGAUUCCAUAUAAUCUUGCAGAGGCUCCCAUCAAGACAGGGAGGGCAAUUCUCAAGAAAAAAAAAAAAAAGCCUUUUCUUGUAGAGUAUCCCAUUGGGUAGAGAUUCCAAAUAAAUUGAUCAACUUUAC